UAUUUAUGUUUAAUAUUUUCUGCUUGAUUAUGUAUUUCAGACAGGAGAUGAGUGAAGAGAGGACUUGCAAAGAGGCUCUGAGGAAGAAGAGUUCUGUUCCUUAUUUCCAUCCAGAAAACUUUCAAAUUUACCAAAAUCUGCUACAAUGCCAAAGACCCAACAUAAAGAGUACAUCACAGGAUCUUCCACUGCCUACCAAGGUGGACAGAGUUGAGAAAAGUACCGACAGAGUUGAGAAAAGUACCAGCAUGGACAGAGUUGAGAAAAGUACUGGUGUGGACAGAGUUGAGAAAAGUACCAGCAUGGACAGAGUUGAGAAAAGUACUGGUGUGGACAGAGCUAAGACUGAUAUGAAAGAUGCUUCAACUCAGAGCACUUUUAACCUAACACUGUCUCCGUCAGAAAGUCGAGCAGAAGAAAGUGAGAGUAUGUCUGAAAGGAGACACUCAGACCUCCCCAAACACUCUCCUGGUGAAAGCAGUCUGAAGAGCUCAUCCAGGCACUUUAAGUCAGUCCAGGUGGAUGUGAUGGGACAACCCAGAACCGCGAAGGUCAGACUGCCUGGCUACUUCCGCGACUCCAAACCCUGCAGCGAGCCAAACAAACAUUUCCUGAAGGUGGAAGAACCUGUGAGGAGGCAUUGUCGGAUAGCUACCCUGACCGAUCCCGGUGCUGAGUUGAGGGGCUUUCUGCUCAACCCAUCACGCGUUGACUUUGGUACGCAGCAAGAGGGCACCUACGCCACCAUUACCGUGGCAAUGAAGAAUUUGGGUGUCGACCCAUCCAGGUUCACUGUAAAGCAGCCUCCUCCAUCCACAGGCCUCAGAGUCAUUUACCACCCUGGACCUGUGCCGUCAGGUUUGCAGGCGGAACUGCAGGUCCAGCUGUUUUCCAUGUGUGACGGAACCGAGCCGAAGAAGUACCUCUCCGAAGACAUAACCAUCUUCACUGAAACUGACAUCCUCUACCUGCCUGUCACUGCUGUCAUCCUUACUGAGAGAUUUUUUGUGGAGAAGUGCAUGUGUGCGUGCAGACAGGUGGAGGCAGAGUCCAUCUGCUCUCACAGCUGGCCAGGAAAUCACAUGGAUGAGCCUUAAGCCCCCUGAUCUAUUCUCAGGCCACACUGGCAGCACAUGGACUUCAGUGUGUUUGAGGCUAAUUCCAGUGUGGAUUGAACUUUGAAAAUAUAGUCCUCAACAAAUAAUA